AUGAAAAAAGUCUUCUAUUUUUUUCUUUUUAAUUCUUUAACAUUUGGAGAAUAUUUAUUUUAUGACGCUGAGUGUCCUACUAACAUUUCCAAAUUGGAAAAAUCAUUUUAUACUGCUUUUAGGGUCUCUAACAUUCUUACUAAUUCUAUAACGGUUAACAUAGAUUUUGAACUAGUAAGUAUAACAUAUAAUAAAUCCAAUUUUGAAGAAAUAAUUCGUAUUGAUGGAAGUGCACGUUUUCCUAAAAAUGAAGUUUGGACAAAAAAGUAUAUUCCUAUAAAAUCAUGGCCUUUAUAUUUACAUCCCAAUUGUCUCAAAUUUUUUUCUAAUGGAAAUGAAUGUUUACCAAAUAUGGAUGCAUUAAUAUUUUAUCAAAUUAACUCUGAUGGAAUAAAGGAGCCAUUUAGAUUUAAAAAAUAUAAAUUUGAACAAUUUUUUCCAUGUGAACCAAAUAAUGUUAUUUCUUUUGUUCACGAUGAAACGAUAUCACUUCAAAAUAAAUCAUCUGUAUUUAUUUCCAGAGAAAAACCUAUAUAUUAUAUUCAAGAUUUUAACUUUGAAGAAUUUUCACUAGAUAAUUUAUAUAAAUAUAGUGAAUCGGAAAGCAAAUAUGUAGAAAUUUUAAGUAAUUUAGAAGAAUUUGAAGAAUUUACAAUAGAUGCAGAUAUAAAUUUCAAGUAUGAUUUUGAAGAACCUUCAGGACCAUUUAAAAAAGUUAGUGAUAUUUUUUAUGAAAAUGGUAAAAUUAUUGAAUUAUAA